AUGCCUGGAGUGGUCCAAACUUUACCUCCGAGUUACCUGACCCCCACCCACCACCCCCAAAGCCCUCCCCACCCCGACAUUCGCUCCACGUCCAAUUACCAGGAGGACUACAGCAGAACCGCAUACUUCACAGCUUUCAAGUCCUGGAGAGAAAUCCUCAUGGGAAUUAUCCACCAAGACAUGAAUCCCCAAAUGCCCCCCAAACCCAACCCCAUCCUGUCUCAGACCCACUGCCAAUGCAUUCAGUCUCCAGCUCCCUGUGUCCAGCCUCACAGCGCACACAUAUCCCACUUUACAUCAAGGAUACGCAAAUGUCUCGAAAACCGGAGCGAGCGCAGACUGGAGCCCAAAGUCAAGGUGCACAAGGACACGCCCUCUUCAGACGUCUCCCGGGACAACAGCAGAGGAGGGACCAAAGAGCUGGUGGUGCUGUGCACGGGAGGCUAUUUGAAAGUCCAUCUGUACCUGUGUGCAUGUGUUGUGGUGUGGAGGUACCAUCUGUACCUGUGUGCAUGUGUUGUGGUGUGGAGGUACCAUCUGUACCUGUGUGCAUGCAUUGUGGUGUGGAGGUACCAUCUGUACCUGUGUGCAUGCAUUGUGGUGUGGAGGUACCAUCUGUACCUGUGUGCAUGUGUUGUGGUGUGGAGGUACCAUCUGUACCUGUGUGCAUGCAUUGUGGUGUGGAGGUACCAUCUGUACCUGUGUGCAUGCAUUGUGGUGUGGAGGUACCAUCUGUACCUGUGUGCAUGUGUUGUGGUGUGGAGGUACCAUCUGUACCUGUGUGCAUGUGUUGUGGUGUGGAGGUACCAUCUGUACCUGUGUGCAUGUGUUGUGGUGUGGAGGUACCAUCUGUACCUGUGUGCAUGCAUUGUGGUGUGGAGGUACCAUCUGUACCUGUGUGCAUGCAUUGUGGUGUGGAGGUACCAUCUGUACCUGUGUGCAUGCAUUGUGAUGUGGAGGUACCAUCUGUACCUGUGUGCAUGCAUUGUGGUGUGGAGGUACCAUCUGUACCUGUGUGCAUGUGUUGUGGUGUGGAGCUGUCCAUUGUUUGCCUGGUGCUGUGUGGACCUGAUGAGUGAGUCAGUGGUCAGAGGGGUAAUGAUUGGCGCCAAGAAAGCUGCGGACGGCUCGGUAAUCGCUAACGGCUACUGCGACUUCUGCCUGGGAGGGUCGAAGAAGACCGGGUGUCCUGAAGACCUGAUCUCGUGUGCGGACUGCGGGCGCUCAGGCCACCCCUCGUGUCUGCAGUUCACCGUCAACAUGACGGCGGCCGUGAGGACCUAUCGCUGGCAGUGCAUCGAGUGCAAGUCCUGCAGCCUGUGUGGCACCUCCGAGAACGACGACCAGCUGCUGUUCUGUGAUGAUUGUGACAGAGGCUAUCACAUGUACUGCCUCAGCCCGCCCAUGUCCGAGCCUCCUGAGGGGAGCUGGAGCUGCCAUCUGUGUCUGAGACAGCUGAAGGAGAAAGCCUCAGCCUACAUCACUCUCACCUAA